ACGCUUCUCUGCUCCACGUGCCGCAGACCAUCGACAGGGAGGUUUUAUUUUGUUGGUUUUACUUUUUGGUCUGAAGAUAUUCAAAGGUCGAAGGAUCUGAAGGAUUGUCUGAAGCCAGAAAGAUCGUCAGGGAAUGAAAAGUACCAGAAAGUACCAGGAAAGUACUACCUACACGCCUAUAUAAACCUCUCCCUAGACAUCACCUUCUUCUCUCUUCCUCUUUCUCUUCUCAUACUAUUUUACAAUGGUUCGCGCUCUGUUGUCCACUCUCCUCCUGGCCACUGCCGUUGCAGCCGCCGAGCCGACCGUCUACCUGAUCCGUCACGGCGAGAAGCCCAGCAAUGGCAGUGAUGGACUCAGCGCUGCUGGUCUUGAGCGGGCCGAAUGUCUGACUCAUGUCUUUGGUCCGGAAUCAGACUAUGACAUUGGUUUCAUCAUGGCUGAGCAGCCCAAGUCUGAUGGAAGCCGCCAACGUCCCUAUGAUACCGUCCUCCCCCUGGCAGAAGAACUCGGCCUGACCAUCGACACGAACUGCACCAAAAAAGACUACGACUGCGUGGCCGACACGGUUGAGAACUACGAGGGCGAGGGCAACAUUCUCAUCUGCUGGGAACACGCCGCGCUUAACAACAUCGUCGAGGCGUUGGGUGUUUCCUCCUACUCCAACUAUCCUUCUGACGCGUAUAAUCUGAUCUGGACGGAUCCUUAUCCCUGGACCGAGAUCACCAACGUUACGAGCGAGGACUGCCCGGGGUUGGAUACUGAUUAGAUGCAGACUAUCCUUCUAUGGUAUCAAUUAUAUUUCACAUAUUAUAUAUACAUGGUGGUAUUAUUUGUAACUCGGUAAUCGAUCUAAAUGAGACAUGUCUACCGGUAGAUCCAGCAUAUGAUCUUCGUAUCGUGGAGGAAUUCCAUCUUUGACGUGGUUAGCACAUGG